AUGCUUACUUGGCUGCUUGUGCUCCUCCAGCUGCUCCGCCUCGGUGUCUCCGGGCCGGUCGUCAAUCCCCUGGAAAAGUACUUAACACUGGCGAACGAAUCGGAUGAUGUUCGCUCCGAAGCGCUGAAGAGGCUCUUGGAAGUCUUUGGCAUGGAGGACGUGCCCCCCGCCCGCGCCCAGCAGAAGCAGCCCCCCCAGUACAUGCUGGACCUGUAUAACACCGUGGCAGAUGUGGAUGGGGUGACCAAAGACCCCGGCCUGCUGCAGGGCAACACCGUGCGCAGUUUCUUCGAUAAACUUCACAGUGAGCAAAUUCAGUUCCUGUUCAACUUGACGACUGUUGCCAAAAAUGAGAAGGUUUUGACGGCGGAACUCCACCUGUUUAAAGUGAGACCGCAAGUCUCCCUCGCGUUCAAUCGACACCAUUUCUGCCAGGUUAGUAUUUACCAGCUUGAUAACCGUCAGAUGAACCCACAACAAAACAGGAGGCUGUUAUCCUCCAGACUGAUUCCCGUUCACUCCAUCGGGUGGGAGGUGUUCUCCAUCACGCACGCGGUGAGGUCUUGGAUGUUGGACGAGGGUAAUGACUUGGGUCUGAUGGUGACGGUGCGCACCCUGGGGGUCAGCCAGGUGGACUCCAAGCUGGUGCGCUUCGCCUCCGGCCAGGACCACCACCACAGCAAGCAGCCGAUGCUGGUGCUCUUCACGGACGACGGGCGGCGGACGGCCUCGCUGGAGAGCUCUCUGAAAGAGCCUGAGGUGCGGCCAGCGCCCUCUAGCCGUCCGCAUGGUCUCAGGCCAGAAGACCGCAGACGGCGCUCGCCGGUUAGCGAGGAUGAGGAGGAGCUGCCUCCCUGCCAGCGCUUCCCACUCUAUGUAGACUUUGAGGAGAUCGGCUGGUCUAGCUGGGUAGUAUCUCCCCGGGGUUAUAAUGCCUACCACUGCAAAGGCUCCUGCUUCUUCCCGCUGGGCCAGAACAUGCGGCCCACUAACCACGCCACGGUCCAGUCCAUCAUCCACGCCCUCAAGCUCACCGAGGGCAUCAGUACGCCCUGCUGCGUCCCCGACAAGCUCUUCUCCAUCAAUCUGCUCUAUUUCGACGACGAUGAGAAUGUGGUGCUGAAGCAGUAUGACGACAUGGUUGCAGCCAGCUGUGGAUGCCAAUAGGAGCAGAGUGCUUGUUGCUAUUUGUAAUGGGCAUGAAAACAAGCCAGAUAUUACAGAGUAUACGGUAUUACCGUAAUACUGCUAAAGUCUGGCCGGCACCCACCUCCCCCAGUUUUCAGUCCUCCUCCCUGAGAUCAA